CCCCAGGAAAUCCCCAACACUGUCCGGGGAUAUUAUUGUCGACACAAGCUUCAACACAAUUGAUCUCGGUACAUUUUUGUAGUCACAGGGUCUCGAAGCAGAGGCGUCAAAUGCUGGUUUAUUACAAGUCUGAACCUUCUGUAAGAUCUACGGAGCCGGGCAAUGGAUAACUUAAGCGUAAACACGGAUAACGAUAUGGUGAAGGACAGAAGUUACAGCAUGCUCACGUCUCUGUAUCAUGAGACGCGACAGGAAAUGGAGCUUUUGAACAAACAGAUCUACGUAAAGGACAAUAUCAUUGCAGAUUUAAAAGCAAGGCUGGGGAGGUAUGAGAUGAUCUACAUGAACGUGGGAGAUAACGAGUCCAUGCACAUAGGACCCUCCAAGUCUCUGUUGGAUAGCCUGUGCAAAGAAAUAUGCAAACUGAAACAGAAGAGAAACGAUGUGGAGUUCAAGGCAUCUCGUCAAGAAGAGGAGAUCCAGCGUCUAACCAUGCAGCUCAGAGAGAAGGAGCUGGAACUAGAAAGUGUCAGGUGUCAGCCGGGCCACGAGAAGGACCAGGAGAUCCAGAGGCUGCGCUACACCCUUGAGGAGAAGGAGCGGUCAGAGGCGACCAGAGCCGUACUCUGCUCAUCCCUGGUCGAAGAGGCGGACCAACUGCGCAGCCAGCUCACAGCAACGGUGAAGGUGUGCCAGGAGCUGCUGGUCAGAAUGGAGAAAGACAAGAAGGGGGGAGGAGAGGUUGAGGAUGAGGCUCAGCAGCGAAAAACUAAGGAGAUGACACAGUCCUCUGAUAUUGGAUGUAACAACUCCCAAAUCCAUCAACUUCAGGAGGAAAAUCAAAAGCUAAAGCAGCGUGUAGCAUAUGUACAAGGUCUGAAUACUCAGUGGCAAAAGUACGAUUCCAGCAGGGAGGACUACAUCAGAGGAUUGUGUCAGAGGCUGAAGGAGACCUCUGGGCAGGGCUUGAUUCCUGGGAUCGGCUCUGCAAGCACAGGGUUGCUUCAUCAUGAAAUUUCCAGGCUCAACGGCUUACUAGAAGAGAGGAUGAAUGAGUGUGAGCGGCUUGGGAGAGAAGCAGAGGAGACAAGGAGGCAAGAUCGAGAGCGCAUCCAGACUCUGGAGCAGCAGGUUCUAAUCUAUGUAGAGGACUUUAAGUCUGAGCGUACUGACAGAGAGCGAGCACAGGGCCAGAUGGAAGAUCUGAAGGAGCAGGUUUAUCAGUUAAAACGACAGCUACACAAACAGCAGGAAGCCAGCAGGGAGAGCAGAGAAGUGGUUCCCAUGUGUCGUGUGCACAUAGGACACAGAAUCUCCUCGAGGCGACACAAGGACUCUUCAGAGCCUUUAUUAAGGAGCCCUGCUGAGAUGCAGAAACAGCCUGCAGCAGCAGCAGCAUCAACAGCAAAACCUGCCUGGAGCGAAUGCCCGGGCCUGUCAGAGUUGCAGUGCCCGCGCUGCCUCGCCACAUUCAGUGAAACACACGCAACAGAGUACCUGAACCAUUGUGAGGAGUGUGCCAAACUAUAACCAGAAACAACACUCAUUAAGAAAAGAAAGAUAUAUCUCGCUGACAAUAACCGAACACUGUAGAGCAGCACUACACGUCAGAAAAUAGCCUGGAUGGAGAUUCCAGGUCAGAGAGUCUUGACUUAAAAUGAAACAACUGGGUUGUACAGUUUACUUCACUAUGGACAAACAGCUUCAGCCAAAGUUCCCCUUUUGCAUGGGAAAUGACUUUGUGUGGAUUUUCUCAGCCUGUGUAUUUCCAGUGUCUGGUUUUUAGUGUUCGCCUGUCGUAAUACAGGAUGUUAUUGUGACCGGGAUGUGCAUUUUGAUGCACCCUUUGAAAUACCUCAGUUUGUCAAAUUACAACCUAUUGCACUUUCUUACUUUUAGCCAAAAAGUAAUCAUAUGCUCAUACGACUAAGAGAUCGUGAUGCAUAAGCUUCUAAUGUUGGAUCCAGACAUGUAGUUGACUUUGCGCAUCUAUUAGUUUAUUUUUGGUUGAACUUUGCAUUUUUCUCUCCUGUAAAUUAUAUAUUCUUAAUAACAGAUUUAACAUAAACUAUUAUUUUAAUAUUUAUUCGAUGUGCAUAAAAAAUGGAAAAGGCAUAUAAUUUGAGUUAAAUUCUUUUGUUGUCUUUUACAUUAAAGCUGUUUUUUGUAUGGGGGGGUCAUUUUAGGAAUAGAAAAAGUGAAAUACAUUACAACUGGAAACUGUUAAGAUCACAUCCCAACUGACAAAAUGCUUUUUUUUUGAGCUGGCACAUUAUUUUUGUAAUAAAAAAAAAAACGUAUCACACACA